GUAACGAGCAAGAUGCCAUCGAAGGCAAAAGUGACACACCGCCCAGUGGUGGGUUGCUGCGGGACUAUGCUACUACUGCUCCUCGCACUGAACUCCAUCUUAUCGGGAGUGCAUGGAUCACUGCAGUACAUGGAAACAUCCUCGCAACGGAAGGCACACUACUGUGGAGCUAAUUUGAGCGAUACAUUGGCCAAACUAUGCAACCGAUUCAAUGGACUCCGCAAGAAAUCUGGCAAUUUCUUGAUGCCUUACAGUGAGACCCAACUGCUUAACGAUGUCCAGGAUGAUGUGGAACAGCUGCAAAUGCUGCAUGAUCAUUCGUCCAACAUGAUCCAACAGGCACUGAUGACGCUGCAACAUCUCAACUCUCAUGAGCACAACUUCCGGCGUGUACGGCGCCAGGUGGUGGCCGAAUGUUGCUACCAGAGCUGCACGAUCGACACGCUGAAAAGCUACUGUGCCGAAUAA